CGUGGAACAUCGAAUGUCUCGCGCGGAGUCCCGCAUGAAGCGUUUAAAGCGGAGAUGCGCGGCUUCUCUCUGCCUCUCUUUCUCCUCCACUGAAUCUUUUCUCCCUCCUUCUUCUUUUUUUUCUUGCUCUCCCUCUUUCUUUCUUGUCAUUUCGCACCUUGACUCGCUGCCCGGCUGCCUGCAGGCUCCGCGAAUAGACUGUUUUCUUCUUGAACCUUUAUCUGCCGGUAUUUUUUCCCUCUCCUCUUGGCCGAGAGGGGAACAACAGUUUGUCACCCCGCGGUAGGGAACCAUGACCACGGCCAAGGAAGGCAAUGCACCGUCGAAAGCGGCUCAACAGCAAGACCAGGAGCUGGUGGGCAGCAACCCUCCGCAGAGGAACUGGAAGGGAAUUGCGAUCGCCCUCCUUGUCAUUCUGGUCAUCUGCUCGCUGAUCGUCACCUCCGUCAUCCUGUUGACACCAGGUGAAGACGACCGUCUGGCUCUGAAAGGCAAGGUUACGGUUGGAGACCUCUUUCGAAAAGAAUUCAAGGUUCAUGACCCAAACGCCAAAUGGAUCAGCAGUAAUGAGUUGCUGUACCGCAACCGAGACGGCGACGUCGUCAAGUACAACGUCGACACCGACGAGCAAACUGUCUUGGUCCAAAACAAGAAAUUUGAAAUGUACAAAGCCAGCAGGUAUGAGGUGUCCCCGGACUUGAAGCAUGUGCUGCUGGCCUACAACGUCGCGCCGGUGUACCAGCAUUCCUAUACGGCUUUUUACAUCAUCUGCAGUCUGGAGACUCCAGAAACCUGGAACCUGAAUCCUCCGGAGGUCCGAAAUGCUCAGCUGCAGUUCGCAGGCUGGGGACCCCAGGAUCAGCAACUGAUAUUCAUAUUUGAGAACAACAUCUACUACCGGUCUAAGGUGGAGAGCCGUUCGAUUCGUCUGGUGUCUACAGGGAAGGAAAGCGUCAUCUUCAACGGACUCAGUGACUGGCUGUAUGAAGAGGAGAUCUUCCACUCGCACAUCGCCCACUGGUGGUCUCCUGAUGGAGCCAGGUUAGCCUACGCUACCAUCAACGACACUCUAGUGCCAAAGAUGGAGCUGCCAAUGUUCACCGGAUCACCCUACCCUAUGGGGAAGGAAUAUCCAUACCCAAAGGCUGGGGAGGAGAACCCAGUCAUAACGCUGUACGUUGUGAACCUUAACGGCCCUCUACACACCAUCGAGAUGAGACGACCUGACGAUCCCAGGAUCGGUGAGUACUACGUGACAAUGGUGAAGUGGGCCACCACAACCAAGCUGGCCAUUAACUGGCUGAACCGAGCCCAGAACAUCUCCAUGCUGACGCUGUGUGAGGCCACGACAGGAGUCUGCACAAAGAAACACGAAGAUGAAAGCGAAGGCUGGCUCUACAGGCAGAACGAGGAGCCUCUGUUUUCUAAAGACAGCCUGAAGCUCUUCUUCACGCGCGCCAUUCCUCAAGGAGGCCGGGGGAAGUUCUUCCACAUCUCCAUGUCCGUCUCCCAGCCCAACACCAGCACCGACACGCUGCAGUCCAUCACAUCUGGAGACUGGGACGUCACUCAGGUUCUGGCCUACAAUGAGGAAAACCAACUCAUAUACUUCCUGAGUACUGAAGACGGACCAAAGCGAAGACAUCUAUACAGCGCCGACACGUUUGGAUCGUUUAACCGGCGCUGCCUGUCGUGCGCCUUGGCCGACAGCUGCGGCUACAUCAGCGGCUCCUUCAGCCACAACAUGAGCUACUUCCUGCUCAACUGCCAAGGUCCGGAUAUUCCAUUUGUGGCCGUGUACAAAACCCAGAGAGACGCUGAAAGUGAGACGCAUGACAGAGAAAGUAUUUCAGAGGUUUCUAAACUGGAGAGCAAUGAGAACCUCCGGCUGACUCUGGACACCAUGCAGAUGCCCACAGUGGAGUACAGGGAGAUCAACAUGGACGACUACAUUUUGUCUCUAAAGAUCCUGAAACCUGCCGGCUUCAUGGAUACGUCACACUAUCCGCUCCUCCUGCUUGUUGAUGGGACGCCUGGUGGCCAGACGGUGUCGGAGCGGUUUGUGUUGGACUGGGCCACGGUUCUGGUGAGCAGCUUCGGCGCCAUCGUGGUGCGCUGCGACGGGCGGGGCAGCGGCUUCCAGGGCACCAACGUCCUGCACCGGAUCCAUAAGAAGCUGGGCGUCUUCGAGGAGCAGGAUCAGAAGGACGCUCUCGAUUUCAUUCUGAAAGAGCCUUAUGUGGACCAGUCCAGAGUCGGCGCCUUCGGACAGGUGUACGGCGGCUACGUGACCAGCCUGUUGCUCAGCGGCGAGGAGUCUCCAAUAAAAUGCGGCGCUGUCCUCUCACCCAUCACCGACUUUGAAUUAUACGCCUCUGCUUUUUCUGAAAGAUAUCUGGGUCUGCCUAAACCGGACCCCAGAGCGUACACGAUGGCAAAUCUAGCCCACCGAGCGUCUCGGUUCAUGGAUAAGAAGUUCCUCAUCGUUCACCCGACAGCUGAUGAAAAAGUUCACUUCCAACACACAGCGAAAUUCAUUUCCCAGCUCAUUAGUGAAAAGGCCAACUACACCUUGCAGAUCUACCCAGACGAGGGCCACUUCAUCCACAGCGACGCAACACGGCAGCACCUGAGUCAGUCCCUGGUGAAUUUCUUCGAGGAGUGCUUCAGGCUACCAGAAAGCCUGUUUGAGGAGGAUUUGGAAGAGGAGGUUGAAGACGAGGGUUAGAUUUUCUUCGACAGGCUGCCGUUCCUCUUUUCUCAUUCACUCCAUUUGGUCCGACAUUCCCUCCGUGUUGUAUCCGUGCCCGAGAGCGACCAAGUUGUCCAUUAUGCAACCCUCAUCCUCCGUGUGUUUCGGUUGAACUCGUUGUGUCUACCACGCCGUCCAGCAGACGACGGAUCCGUCCUCCCCUGUUCAUCCGGUGGAUUUCCAAAGGCCUGAUGACCUACAGGAAGUCCAGAAACGGUCUCCUUUACAGCAGGAUGGACGUCUUUAAAAGCAACGGAGAGAAAGCUUCAGCCUGCACACUGACUUUCAGGCUGCGAGGAGAAGAAACGUUAUAGCACACGACCUACAUGGGCUUGUACAUAAAUGAAAUUCAGAACCCUGGCGCCGAUCGGCAGAGUUCGUAAGGGGCGUCUGGAACUGCGUGGAUACAGGGAACGUUACUAUUUUUAAAGUUGUGAUGGACUUUUCAUGGACUGUGGUUGUCUCUGUUGUUAACGGUCUAUAAAAUAGCACACAAAUGCUCAUCUUUUAUUUGCCUCCACAACGUUUUAGGUCCGUUUCUGUUUCAGUCGUGCUGGGACGAGUUUUACGGGGAAAGAAAUAAGCCAUUUUGUUUAGGUUGUACAUUUGACAUUGUUCCGUUUUGGUUUCCUCCAACAAAAGCAUUUCCUUGAUUUAUUCACGGUGCCUUACUUUAUCAGAAAACAUGAAGAUAAAUUUAUCUAAUACAAAAAAGCCAAGAUAGUGGUUCAGACCUUCAA